AUGGCCACGUUCCAUAAUAAUUCGUCACUGUCGUCAUUAAAUUCUGCAAAGAAGGACAAGGAACUUCCUCCAAUACCGCCACUUGUUGCCGGUGGAGGCGACGCAAUUCUCGAGUCCAAGACACUCAAGCGGAAGAACUUCAAACAGCUUUCGCUUGGGGGCACAUCGACAGGGUUACAAACAUCUACACCUUCGAUUACCACCACAACUCCAACUUCGUCGUCUACCAUUUCCACCUUCACCUCAGAUAAUGAUAUGGGACUUCUUUCUAAACUGUCCCUCACUGAACGUAGAAAUAAACUCAGACCAGACAAAUUGGUAAACUUUAAAGUUGAUGUGGAUAAGUUAAAUAAUUCCAAUUCCAAUUCCAAUUCCAAUUCAAGUUCAAGUUUACAAACUCCUACGCAUAAUUUGAUAAUUAAUCAAAUAUCCAACCUUGAACUAUCAUCCGGGAACGCCACCAACAGACCAAUCAAUGCCAUUGGGGUUGUCGGGUCAACCACCACCCCAACAAACAACAACAACAACAUCUUGGUGAGUAGGAAACGCCAAACGGUUAUUUCUCUGAUCUCACCAACAAAGUCAAUAUCUUCUAUCCCUCUGUCUGCAUCUUCCAUUAAUUCGGGGCAAAGACUCAACUUUGCCGAAUCAUUGGUCAAUGAUGAUGCGUUGGCCUCAUCUCCCAUAUCCACCACAUCUUCACUUAAACUCAACAAUAAGGACUUAGUAACGUUGAAAAACCUUGGGUCGGGUAACUCGGGUACCGUUUCAAAAAUCCUUCACAUUCCUACAAAGAAGAUUAUGGCCAAGAAAAUCAUUCAUAUUGAUCUGAAGACUGUAAUUCAAACACAAAUCAUUCGUGAAUUAAGAAUUCUUCAUGAAUGUCAUUCUCCAUUUAUUAUCGAUUUCUAUGGAGCCUUCAUCAAUAACAGUAACACCAUUGUCAUAUGCAUGGAGUAUUGUAAUUGUGGAUCUUUAGAUAAGAUCUUGCCAUUAUGUACACCAUCACAAUUCCCACUUUAUGUGUUGAAGAAAUUAACAUAUUCCAUUUUAUCUGGAUUAGCAUAUUUAUACACCACUCAUAAGAUUAUUCAUCGAGAUAUCAAACCAUCCAAUGUUCUUAUGACCCAUAAGGGAGAGUUCAAGUUGUGUGAUUUUGGAGUUCUGAGAGAAUUAACCAAUUCUUUAGCUAUGGCUGAUACAUUUGUCGGGACUUCCAUGUAUAUGUCCCCCGAGAGAAUUCAAGGGCAACAUUAUGGGAUCAAGUCAGACAUAUGGUCCAUGGGAUUAAUGUUGAUUGAAUUAGCCAGUGGGUCAUAUGUUUGGAACGAUGAUGAUGACGAUGAAGACGAAGAUUCUACAAAUAAACCUAAAUGUCCGAAUGGGAUUUUGGAUUUACUACAAAGAAUUGUUAAUGAAACUCCACCAAGUUUAACUGGGAAAGUGAAUUCCAUUACCGGAGAAAAAUACGAUGAAAAAUUAUGUCAAUUGAUUGAUUCAUGUUUAAUUAAAGAUGAUAAGGUGAGAAAAUCACCAUGGGAACUUUUGCAAGAUACAGAUGGAUUUUUGGAUGGAGUUGAAGAUGGAACGUUUGAUAAGGAUGUAAAAUCAUGGGCCAAAAAGGUUCGAAAGAACCACAAAGAAAAGAAUGAAGGUGAUAACCACAAAGAUACUACUGUAUAG